AUGGGCAUUUUGGGAAGUGACUCAAACGAUGGCGGAUGUGUUGAAUUUGAAUUGAGCAGCAAAAGAACUUUAAAACAAGAAUUUCGACAUGGAUCUUAAACAAACCAGAAUCAUGGAUUUAUUGCAGUAUUUUCUUUACACGACUGUCGCAGUUUUGGUGUUUGUCAAAGAUUUACGAGCUGAUAUCUCUGUCACAACAACAGUUAACCCAGUUGGACUUGUGGGGAAUAACGAAUUAGAACUUGUGUGUACAUACAGUCUUACAUCAAGUGAUAGAUUGUUUUCAAUAGCAUGGAACAGGGAGAUCACUAAAGACUCUGGAACAUACGAACAGUUAGCAUCGUUUUCACCACCAGGAUCAAAUCAAGCUCCAGCGACAUUAUUAAAUUUAACAAACCCGACUGUGUUUGGACGAAUAGUUCUAACAAAUCCCACAGAUUCUUCACUCACUGCGAAGAUCAAGUUUACAAGUGUUGUGUGUGGUGAUGAACGUAAAUACCAGUGCAGUGUACAAGGACUAAAUAACAAUAUACAGGCCAAUCCAUCCAGUGAGACCAGUCUAACAGUCACAGCACAUCCUAACGCUACAUCCUUUGGUGAAGUUGAAGUGGUUCCAGCAUCAAAUAUUGAGGAAGGGAGAACAGUCCAGUUCACAUGUACCAGUAAUGUUGGUCGGCCGGCCGGGACCUUCUUAUGGACCAAGUACAGGGAUAUUUCCGAUUCUGUGGGUAGUACUGUCACUUCUACCACACAAACUUCGCCCAGCACCGACUGUACCUUCACCGGAAGUAGUGUUAUCAACAUUCCGAUGACCAAAGACGACAAUGACGUCAUCAUCCGGUGUACUUUACAACAGGAAACACUCUCCGACCCAACAGACAACGCCUACUAUAAACAAACUGAUCCAAUCAAAGUUUAUUAUCAAGUAAGAACACCCACCAUUACAAAGAACCCCACAAAGGACAUGCAUUACGAGGGUGAAGAUCUUACCUUGAACUGUGCUGCUGAAGGCAACCCCACGCCUACCUAUAUUUGGCGACGUAAUGGAACUCAGCUUGGCACUACAGCACAGCUAUCGCUGACUAAUAUCAAGAUUGACCAAUCGGGAGACUAUGUCUGCGAGGCCAAGAAUAAUUUUACAGGGACUACAUACAACCUGUCCGAGAUGAUCAGCAUUACAAUAGAAACACCACCACCCACAACUACCCCCCAAACUACAACUCCUGUUCCAUCUGUAGUGCCAACAUCGGGAGGCGGCGGGACUAAGUCACCCCAGGGCGGGGACGGCAAUUCUGGAGGAAUCGACACAACUAUCAUCAUUGUCAUUGUCGUCGUCGUGGUCGUCGUCAUCAUCGUGGUUGCUGUCGUUGCAUUUAUUUGUCUCAAGCGUAGGAAUGCCAACAAGAGUAUUGAAGAACCCCCAGAGAAGCCAAGAAAUAACUCAGACCUCAGUUUUGUGAACAAGCCCCCAGAUGUGACCCGUAAUGAUGAGAAGCGGAACAUUGGUUACAAUAAUUUCGAUAAAGGGAAGGGUGAUCUACAAUAUGCAGACUUAACUUUUGAUGAUCGACCGAGAAGUCGGCGACCCAUACAGAUUCUGGACACCGACCUCGGACCAACAACAUACUCGGAGGUCACAAUGCCCAGUGUGUGACCUUUGACCCAGGGAGAUCAGGACAUUUGUGCCAAGGACACCCCAGGAGUACUCUAGUGCUAUUCUGUGGCGUCACAAUUUUCUUACUAUGGCAACUACAGAUAAUUAAAUUACAAAAAGGUCAUGACCUUUACAUAGUGGGUUGCCACCCCAGUGGGAAAUAAUGGCUUCAAGUGAAUGGAAAACAAUAUUGAAAUUACUUUCUCUACAAGGACGUUUGAAAUGCCUUAGAAGAUUUCAGUAUGUGUUUUUCAUUGUCAUUACUACUCUGCCUUACAAAGGCAGUUAUUCCUUACUAAGCUGACCGUAGGGAGCUUCAUUGUAUGAGAGGAAUGAUAUCUAUGCCCACCGGUUUAGACAGCUUCCAUUUUCAUCUCUAUCGUCUUUUUAUCUUCAUUGUCAUCACCAAAGAUGGAUGUUGUAUAUUCAUUUCCAAAUCGUACAUUACAAUGCAUAUUCUGUGCAUCAACUGUAUCGGUGCCUGGAGCAUAACGAAAUAGAACGAUCAAGCGUUUUUCUUGAUUGUGAAAUGGUUGAUCCCAUAAUUAGCUAAAAUUUCGUUGCAGUAGAAAAGUAACCAGUUAAUGUUAAUUGAGUCAACACUAUAUUACAAUAAUUCUGUAAUGCAAACUAGAAUCUAGCCUAUGAAACAAGAAACAAAUUUUGAUAUCAAUUUUCUGUGCUGUAUAUGUAACUCACUGGUGCACAGUUUUUGUGACUAUUAUUCCAUAUUAUUUUUACAUGUUAAAAAUGUCAUUCCAAUAAUGUGAUAAAAUUCCUUAUUUGGGAUAAGGUCGUUAAUAUUACUUAAUUACUCCUGGAGGAGACACAAAUAUUUAAUUUGAACCAGAUAUAAGUUAACAUUAUACAAUUUAGCAUCAUUUAAGUCCAUUUCAUCAUUUUCUGACUUCAAUACCAUCCUUUGUUAUUUCUAAUGUAAACUUGUGCUGUACAUUUAGAUAGUGUUAAAAUGAUGCACGUGAACUGCGCAAUUUAUUCACUUCAAGUAAUGUUUAACUUUGAUAAAAAUGUGAAAUUAGUCAUUAGGAAUGGUAAUAGACAUGGGCUUUGAUGCCUCUGUAUGGAGACAGAAAAGUAUUUUAGGGUGACGAUAACAUUUUAUUUCGAGAUAUGAACAUUCAAUUCCUUUUCCUUGUUCCAGAGUUUAACUGUUGCUUCAUACCGAGACUUUAUAAUUUCUUUGAUUUCUUUAUGAAUUUCACAGCCCUGAGGGUUUGAGUCAUAUUAUUGUUAUCUUGCUUUUAACUUUAAUAAUUGUGUUAAUCCUAGAGUUUAUAGCCCAGAUUGGAUGGGCACAGUUGUACCGUACUCGUAUAUCAACAUUUGUAUUUAAUGUGAUUCAAUAUUGAUAAUCAAAAGUUGUCGCCCCCCCCCCCCCCCCCCCCCCCCCCCCCCCCCAUACUGGGUGAUGAAUAUUGACAAAAAAACACUUUCUUUAAGAAGUAGUUUUAAUUGGAGAUAUGACGAUGUAUCUUUGGUGAUGCAGGUAAUGAAGAAACUGCAAUCUCUUCUCAACGCUGCAUGAAACCAAAUUCAUGGCAAUUGGGUCUUGCCACCAGCAAAGUAUAUCUCAUUCCACAGCCUACAUGUCACAAUAAUGUUUGAUAUUUCAUUGUGCUUGUGUGUCGUCAAAACGUUUUGUGUUACACUUGCUUUGAGCAUUUCUUCAUCGUGUUAUGUGAUAGAUGUUACAAAUCUAGAGCUCUUCAACUGAAGAAGAAGAGUUAUUCCAAGAAUUAAUAUAUUUUUCUAACCAUGAUAAUAUUAUAACUUUUCAUACCUUUGUUAUUUUAAUUGGAAACAGGUGUUCAUUAUAAGGUAUAUUACUCGUGUCAUUGUUAUAUGUCGGUCAGUGCUACAAAUGUAUUGUUUCAUACACACGGUAGAACCUUAUACAUAAUUUUAAUGCCAAAUUUUCAGACAUAAAUUAUCAGACAAAAGAUUCAAUGAAAAUUGAUUAUUUUGAAGAGAGACUCAUAAUGUUUGUGCCAGUUUCAAACAUAAAAUAUCAUUGAAAAAAUUAUUUUGGUAUUUUAAAAUUUCGUAAUAUUAAGAACCACUGAUCGAUAAAUUCAAUUAAAAUCUCAAUAAAAAAAUCUUUGUAAUGCAGUAAUGAAAUAUUUAUUUUGGAUAAGUCCUGGUGAUCUGUAUAUUAUAUGUAUAUAAAAUAUAUUCACUUUUAUUCUUUGUACUUGUAUUACAUCAAUCUCUGACAUUUUAAAGUAAAAAAAACCAACUGGUAAAAUGUACAACCUACACACACACUUGAGUCAGUUUUGUAGUGUGAAUGACUUUUUAUUUAUGAAAAUGGUAAUGAGGCCAAAUAAAUGCAAGGAAAAGAAAAAGAAAACGAAAAAAAAACCCCCAAAAUAACCCCAAAUCAACACUGAUUUUUAAAGUGAGGACCAAUUAGACACUUUUAUUGAAAAUUGUCCCCCAAAUCGUUUGCAUUCAUCAGAAUUCUGAUCUUGUGAAAUUUCCAGUAGUGCUGGAUAGGAAAGUUUGUGUAUCUGAUAGGCUAGAAUAACGUUUAUCACGGAUGUAACCUUUCUACUGUCUAGAAUAUCGCCAUGUGGAUAAAUGAAUUCAAUGAUACUGUAAAGAUUCAUGCAUCAUUUUACAUGGAAAAUAUGUGGGAAAUUUAUAUAUUUGGUGCAUUUCUGAAGGUGUAUGAAUGAAGCAAAAUUGAAGUGGAUUUAUUUAUUUUAAGAAUCAUUUCUGGUAAGAGAUUGGCAAAUCUGCUUUUAAUUAUGGUGUUGUUAGAAAUUCAUUGACAUCAUUUGACAUUUGUUUUUGAUUUGACAUGUCUAUGAUUUUCCCCUCUGAUUGAUGAAUGAAUGGUUAAGGGAGGUAACUGUGAUUUUGUUCAAGGUACAGCACAUUGUGAAUUUUUGAAUUUCAUUACCUGUGAAACUAUAUAAUAAAAAAUUAUCAUUGAUGAAAUUGUAACUAUUAUUUUCAAUUUUCCUGUUAAAGCUUUUAUAGUAUUCCUGUUGAACAGAAAAGUUAAAUAUUUUUGAAGAAUUUGAUAUGGUUAAAUAUUUUCUGAAUUAUUUUCGUACAUGUUCAUUGAUAAUUAUCAGGUACAUAAAGGUGAUAGCAGCAAACUGUCAGUGGGACCAAUUUAUCCUGAUUAAGUGUAUACAUCAAUAAACAUAUCAUGUACUUAUCUACAGGCCUAAUUCUCAUUUAAAUGACCAUUUUCUCAAACUUGUUUACUUAAUCAUCUUCAUAUACAUACUUUUUUUCCAUGGUUUUAAAUGGUACAUUAUAUUCAUUACUGGUAUGUUUUCUUCUUGAAUUGAUUAUUAAUUUGUAAGGUUGAAUGAUAAAUGGUAUAAUUCUGUUCUGGAAUACAGAGUUAUCUGCUCUUAUGAGCAGGUAUUGAUUGCUACAUCAUAAGUUUCCGGGAGGAGAUAACGUCGUUUUCUCAGAAAUCGAUACCUUCUCUCAAGAACAGAUAACUCUGCAUUGGGGAAAGUUGGAAUUCCAUGAUUAUGUACUGUGACCCUGAAUCAGGGGAAGAUUCUGGAUUGUCUACUGUUAAUAGAACUUUUGUUUGAUCUGAUUUUAUCUCUGAAAACAUAAAACAAACAUUUUCAUACUAUUGCAUAUGUUCCAGCAUUGUUGAAAAUAGUUUUAAAGAAAGAGUAAACUAAUAAAGUAUAUAUAAAUGAAUAUAUUAUACAUUAUACAUUUCAUUCUUUUUCUUUCUUCCAAAUUCCAUCAGUAAACUACAAAGUUCUUGUGAAAUAAUAAUUAAGAAAAUCCAAACUUGACAAGGAGACUUAUAACACAGACUUAAGUUAUAUAAUUUAAUUAGAUAUUAAUGCAAGUCUGUGGUUCCUAAACUGGUGCAUAUUAAACUAGACACAAUGUAGAUUUAUAGCCAGGGAGGUAUUGACAUGUUUACUAUGGUGGAGUGCUCCCUAGUCGCACCUAAUCAUCUCUCUUGCUUGUAGAAGUUAUCUCCCUUCGAUAUAUUUAUAUGAAACAUUGUGAUAAAGUUAUGAAGAUAUAUUCUUACCGAAGUGUUAUAUAGUGUAUUCCACAAACAGUAGGUAGUAUCUAUCACUUAUUACUACUUGUAUGAUAGGACCACUAGGGAAAAUGGAUGUAAAACUCAGCAAAUAUUGAUAUUAUAUUCUUAACAGCCCAUCAACACUUCUUUACAGGCGAUUAAGGCCAACAAAUGUCUGGCAAUUUAAGAGAAGCUCGGACAGGUUAUUACGUUACAAAGAAACUAUCUCUUGUAGGUUUUCAAUCAAUACAUUCCAAUAAAAUGUGUUUAAUUGCAAAUUGUACAAGAUAAUUAGUCCUGGUUAUUGGCAAGUAUGAAUACAUUAAAAUUUGCACUAAUCAACGCCCAUGAACAGGUGUCAGUCUUUUUCAAAUUUUAGUCCAUCUUAUUAUUCUACCUUUGAAUCACAAACAUGUUUCACCUGUAUUACUUCUUUAGGCCACAGGACCUUCCAAGUAUUAUAUGAAUCUAUCAUGGGUUUCUACUUGAUCAAUCACUUACGUCAUACAAAUGAUGUCCAGAAUGAUUGGUUAAGUAAAUCUGAAGACUUAAGACUGAUUCAUGAUCCUUAAGCUUAAAUUAAGAUUGUUCAGGUUUAAAAAAUAGUGAUAUGUGGUUGCUAUGUAUUAAUGUAUAUCCCUACAUAGAUGUAAUUUAUAACCUAGAACCGAUUGAUAAGCUAACAUAGUCAAAGAACUGGUUGAAAUAUGGUUAUUUUUCUAUAUGACAAAUAUUUUUUACAGUUGUACAUAAAUAUAUACAUAUAUCAUUGAUAACAGGAUCCAACUGUGUACAAAUAUGAUGAAUUCCAUUAGUACAUAAUAAAUUUGUACAUAUAUUCAAGA